AUGCGCAGAGUUACAUCAGUAUAUGUCUGGCUGACAGUUGUUGUUAAGGACAACACAAUUAUCGCCACUGCUAUCCCUAGAAUCACCGAUCAGUUCAAGGCCCUCGAAGACGUCGGUUGGUAUGGCUCCUCGUACCUGCUUGUGACCUGCAUGUUCCAGCUCAUCUUCGGAAAGCUGUACGGCUACUUUCCGAUCAAGUGGGUGUUCCUGGCGGCCAUUAUCAUAUUCGAAAUCGGGUCUGCGGUCUGCGGCGCGGCACCCACCUCGGAUGCUUUCAUCCUGGAGAUGGUGGUCAGUACUUACCUCCCCGAGCCCUUUGAUCAUGUUCUAAGCGCAGGCAGCUUCUACAUCAACCUGCCCAUCGGUGCCGUUGUCAUCGUAGUUCUCCUUCAGUUUCUGCACGUCCCCAACACCGUCCCAGUCGAGGCAUCGUCCAAAACCCUCUUCCAGCACAUGGACCCUCUGGGCGUGGUCACUUUCCUCCCGGCCAUCGUCUGCCUCCUGCUUGCCCUCCAAUGGGGCGGCACGACCUUCCCCUGGGCCAACGGGCGCAUCAUCGCCCUCUUCGUCCUCGCCGGCGUGCUCCUCAUCGCCUUCCUGGCCAUCCAGAGAAAGCGUCAAGACAACGCCAUGGUGCCGCCGCGCAUCAUCACCAUGCAUCCCGUGGCCUUCUCCUCCCUCUUCAUGACCCUCUUCGCCGGUGCCUACUUCACGAUCAUCUACUACCUCCCCAUCUGGUUCCAGGCGAUCAAGAACGCCUCUGCCGUGAACUCGGGCAUUAUGUGUCUCCCGCUCAUGCUCUCCAUGGUGAUCUUCUCUUUCGUCGCGGGAGGCGGCGUCACCGCGACGGGUAACCCCGUCCCGUUCUUCUAUAUCGCUACCGUGCUUGCAGCCGCCGGCGCAGGCCUCAUGACAACCUUCGAAGUACACACGGGCCAUCCGAAGUGGAUCGGCUACCAGGUUCUCCUGGGCUCCGGAGUGGGAAUGGGCAUCCAGCUCCCCAUCAUCGCGGUGCAGGCUGUGCUCCCCGCGGCUGAUAUCCCCGUCGGGACGGCAAUCUUGACGUUCUGCCAGACGUUCGGCGGCGCCAUCUUCGUCUCUGUUGCGCAGGCGGUGUUUGCGAACCGGCUGCAGACUGGGCUUCUCCGAGCCGUGCCCGGAGUCAGUCCGGGCCUCGUGCAGGAGGUCGGCGCAACAAAUUUGGACACGGUCAUUGACGCACAGCAUAUGGGUGCGGUGAAAGUGGUCUAUAACGACGCGUUGGUUUCGGCAUGGUAUUUGGCUGUGGCGCUUUUUUCAGUGGCGGUUCUGGGGGCUGUUGGGAUGUCGACGAAGAGAAAGAGUGCUUGA